AUGGCCACCAUUUUUGAUGGUAGAAUCCUGCGAAUUGCAUUGAGCGGCCAUCGAGCGCGGGAGAAGCUGCGCGCCAUUGUCCAAGCGACGCCCAAGCCACAUUUACCACGUUCAAAUUCAACAUCAUCGCAUGCGGAACCAGUCCACAGCGAUGAAAUUGACGACCGAAAUGAGGAGAGCGACACUGGCCUUGAUCCGGCAAAGACGUAUUCCAAGGAAGAAACGCUCAGUCAUCCGGGAGUUGAGUUCGUCCACCGUGGCCAAGGCCGAUACCGAAUGGCUGCCGCGAUUAAAAAUGUCAGCCCUGCCACGAUGCAACGACCAACAAGACAAGCAGCAGAGCAUCCCGCAAUCAUCAGCGAUCAAACUAAAGAUCAAAUGUUCAAUCUGCUGAUUCAACAUUUCAACGAACAUCGAAAGAAAACUAAUCCUUACUGCAAACCCAAUUGGAGCCCGAUACAAAAGAGUCAAUUCGCCUUGAUCAUGAAGCUACUCAAGGAAACGCCACCUGAGCGAUGGUCUACUGUACAUCAACAUGCCGACAUCCAACGCUACUCGGCUCUGGUUCGAGACUGGGUGCAUGCUAUGGAGGAAGAAUUCUCCGUCAAUCUAUCGGGCGAUGGAGAAGCGUUUGAGACUAGAAGUCGUCGUCCGCGGCAAGCUAAACCUGUACCGGAGGUCGACCACCGGCGAAGCUCACGGGCUCAUGCUCAGAACACCAACGUGUUCGAUAGCGAUGACGAAAUGGCCUACGACGAGGAUGUGGACAUGAGUAGCAGUGAUGAUCAUCCUCACCAGCUUGACGGGGAUGGUACCGUGCACGAAGAUGACCUGCACAAGUAUCCUGGCAAAUUCUUCCACCACAAGGGCAACAGGUUCUAUCGGCCUGGUCUCGCCCCGGACGGCAAACGCGGUAGCAUCGUGAUUGCAUCGAACGGGGAGAAGCGCAAAUACGACGAGUACGCCGCUGAUGCUGAGGAAGGGGAGGAUGGUAGCAAGAACGGCGACGAAGACGAAGACGAUCCUAACUCGGUUACGUACAGCAAGACUUACGUGAACUCGCAUCCGGAAAUCGAAUUUGUCCAUCGAGGCAAGGGUCGCUACAAGCGCAAAGAUGAUGUCGAAGCACUGGAAGCAGCGCGCAAGAAACGCAAGCUUGCGGGAUCAGCGACGCCGACUGCGUCCUCUGACCGUCGCUCGAGCCGAGUGGACAAUAACUUCGCCAAGGAGUACGCCGAGAGCCACGCGAGCGACGAGCUACUCAGAAGUGGACGUAUCAAGCGUAAUUCCAAAGCCAGAAUCGAUGCCAUUGAGAUGGGUGAAGAGGAGAAACGGCAAAGCACUGCCGGGCAAAGCAAGCAGGUUCGCAGAACAUCAACCCAGAGCUCUUCUCAACGGUUCAUGCCUUCCGCCGAGAAAGAAGAGCCGUUGGUUGAAACUGCAUAUGUCGACGCCCACCCGAACGAAACCUUCCAUCACCGCRGACAGGGUAAAUGGGCUCGCGGUCUGCCUCAUCCUCUUGCCUCGAAUAAGACCGCAGUACGUGGUCCAGACAAGGACAAGCCAUGGCAGCAGCAGCAAAUACAAGCCCCCCGUGUUGGGAUUGAUGUUGAUGCUGAUGGUAAUCGAGCUCCUGGCCCGUUUGCGCUGUUGCUCAAGGUUGAUGGUCCCGACAAGUGGCCCCUGUUGGAAUGGAACUAUCGUGGCGGCGGAAAAUGGUGGCAACAGCCCAAGACCGGCGAGGCGAUGCAACAGGGGCAGCUUGCUGGCCCACGCAAGCAGCGUCCAGUUGCUGUCGGUAGAGGAAGGACAGAUGGACCAGAGGCCCAGCUACAGCGAGAAGCACGUGCGGCUGAAAAGGUGGCGUCUGGCGGCCCAAAUUGGAAAGGAAAAGGUCCCGCAGCUGGACAUUUGCAGAAGCCGGCCAAGAUGGUACGCAAGAGAAGCCAGCGGAGUGGCUUUGGUGAUGUAGGCUCUUCCAAUUCACAAUCCAAGGCUCCCACACCUCGACCGGCUCUGCUUCCACCGGAGGAGGACAUACUGACUGAGCAAGAUCUACCGGAUCUUCUCAAAGACGAAUGGUCAGAGGAUGAGACCGACGAUGCGGCCAGCCGGAUCCUACGAAGUGGAAAGUAUCAGGCGAUCGUCGGUCCGGACCCGUUUGUCAGGGCACUCACCAAGCACGAUCCAGCCGUGCGCUCUCUGGAUAACCUCAAACAGCUGGCCUCCAAUGCCCAAUGGGCUCUGGAGCAAAUUCAAAAAGAAUACCUCGAGCUGGAUCAAAUAGUCGCAAUCCAUCCAAUGAAUGGCAAGAAAGAGCGCAAGCCAGUCAAGGGCGGCAAGGUGACGGUUGAGACUGCAAUGUUCGAAGACAAGAAGGAAGCCACCCUCUACGACUACAACUUCGACCCCCGCAAGGUCGGCUAUCAAGAUCCGGACGCUCAAAGAAUCGUUCGCGAUGAGGAGGGCCGUGAGCUCAGAAGACGGCGGAAUCGUCUAGGCGCAGACUCCACUCUCCCCAAUGGCGUCAACUAUGGCGACGGCGAGAUGACCGCAAAGCGGACGGUAAAACCGGUAUCUCGAUUUGAUGGUGUCGUCGUUCAGCCGCCGCGGAAGCGGUCCCGUCUCACAACAGGCGCCGAGACACCGGAUGAGUCUCGUGCCACCACUCCAGUAGCCGACGACGGGAACGACAAGGUCCAGACUCGCGGCCGCUUGAACAAUCACGUCCCCAAGCGUGUCCAAGAACUCCGACACGAGAGUGUCGGUUCCGCACGUAGCGCGAGUGAAGACCCAGGCGCGAAGAGCCCAGGCGGUAGUGCUGCGGGUGUGCGUAAAGGCAGACCACCCGGUAGCAAGAACUUGCACAAAAGAAAGGAUGCAGGAAUCAAGAAAGGCCCUCGUAAGCCUAAGACGGGGUCUUCGGGGCAGAAUGACAGUGCGGAGCCGGAGUCUGGCAAUGCUGAGGAUUCCCCAACGCCGACGCCCACUGUGAUGCUCGAGGAUCUCGUAGCUGGAUUCGCUUCCCAGUCGGCGGGUGGUCAGCCUCUGUUCGGUGGUGGCAGGACGUAG